AUGAAUGCGAGUAUUUCAAGCCAAAGUGGAGGAAGGUCAUUGAGCAACACUAAUAGACUAGUAGAAGAUAUUAAUGAAAGAGCAUUGUCGCUUUUACAAAGAAAUCGACAGCGUCGACAAUUGCUGCAGAGACAAGAAGAAAGAAGGCGAUUUGUACAACCACAACCUAGGCCAGAUCCAUUCAUUAGUAAAAUCCAGAGACACAAGUCAUCGCAUAAGCGAUAUCGUCCCAGUGAUGUUGCUUUAGAAGAGAUCCGCAAAUACCAGCGAAGUACAGAUUUGCUUAUAUCGAAGAUGCCCUUCGCUAGAUUAGUGAAGGAGGUAACAGAGCAAUUUACGACGGAGGAACAACAACUCCGAUGGCAAUCAAUGGCCAUUUUAGCACUUCAAGAAGCAAGUGAGGCUUAUUUGGUUGGGCUUCUUGAACAUACAAACUUGCUUGCCCUUCAUGCUAAGCGGAUAACAAUUAUGAGAAAGGAUAUGCAACUGGCAAGAAGAAUAAGGGGUCAAUUUAUCUAG